AUGGAUUUGUUGGAGUUGAACAAAUUUAUGGUUCUUCUGUGGAAGAAUUUCAUUUUAAAGAGACGGCAGUUCUUUGCUAUAGUUGUGGAAAUCAUCCUAACUUUACUAUUUGCUGGCUCGCUUCUGUUAACACGCAAGUUUACCGUUAUAAGGAAGAGUGGACCUUAUAGUUACACUAGCCAGCCUGUCGAUGAGUUGCCCUCAUUCCUGAGAAGUGUCCCUUUUCCUGGCCUGUGGGAACUGGCUUUCGUGCCUUCCAAAAGUGUCGUGGUGAGGGACAUCGUUGAAGCUGUGAAGAUGGAUUUACACUACAAUUUUAAAGUUCAAGGCUUUUCAUCUGAAAGUGACUUUGAAGAUUACGUUAAGCAAGAGAAUAACUCUGAAAGAGUGAUGGUUGCCUUUGUCUUUGACCAUGAGUUCAAAAAUAGCCACGAUCCCCUGCCGCUUAAGGUAAAAUAUUAUCUGCGUUUUAGUAGUUUUCCGAGGAACAAGGACUUAGAUUUUGAUCACCCCAGAAACUGGCAUACAGGUUCUCUCUUUCCAACUUCUCCUUCCGUGGGACCCAGAAACGAGCAAGAUUCAAAUGGGGGGAGUCCUGGGUACCUCGCCGAAGGGUUCCUGGUCAUGCAGCACGCCUUGGAUAAGGCCAUCAUGAUGUACCACAACCGCACCGCUGCACAAGCGCUUCUGGGAGGCGUCAACGUUUUCAUGCAGAGAUUUCCAUACCCAGAAUAUUACCACGAUUACUUCCUUAACUUUCUCGGGAUUUUCAUCCCGUUAGUAAUCCUAUUUAUCUUCUCCAUGAAUCACUUUACCCUCGUUCAGUCUCUUGUGUGGGAGAAAGAAAACCGAUUGAAGGAGUACCAGCUCAUGAUAGGACUCAGUAACUGGAUGCUCUGGGCUGCCUACUUCUUCACAUUCUUCACGCUGUAUUUGAUUAUCAUCUUUUUGAUGUGCCUAAUUUUCUUCAUCAAGAUGAAACCUUUGCCGAUCAUCCAACACAGCGACCCAUCUGUUGUCUUUGUCUUUUUGGUGUGUUUUGCCAUCGCCACAAUAUUCUUCAGCUUUAUGGUUAGCACCUUCUUCAAUAAAGCAAGUUUUGCUGUAUCUAUUGGCGGCUUCAUUUAUUUUGCCACCUACUUUCCAGCUGCUAGUAUCUCUUCAAAUUUCGCAGAGAUGCCACUCAUCCAGAAGCUGGCUUCCUGUCUCAGCUCGAAUAUUGUAAUGGCACUGGGAACUAAAUUCUUAGUCAGGGCAGAAAUAGACAAAAUUGGAAUUAAAUGGAGUAAUAUCUUCUCACCAAGCACAAUGGAGAACUUUGUCUUCGCCUAUACCCUGGGAACAUUUCUGUUGGAUGCUGUCUUGUAUGGUCUGGUGGCCUGGUAUAUAGAAGCGGUCUUUCCGGGAGAAUACGGUGUGGCCAAGCCAUGGAACUUCUUUUUGCUGCGCUCAUUCUGGUUUGGGGAAAAACCUAAAAAGAAAAUUGAAACAAGGCAAUUCUAUGAGACAACUGAAAGCAAGUAUUUUGAAACUGAACCUACUCACUUGGUGGCUGGUAUCCAGCUCCAACAUCUGAGCAAGGAGUUCCGAGUGCAGAACACUACCAAAAUAGCUUUAAAAGACUUGUCCUUGAAUUUAUAUGAGGGGCAAAUCACUGUUCUUCUAGGACAUAAUGGGGCAGGAAAAUCCACUACACUGUCCAUUCUCUCAGGUCUCUAUCCUGCUACCAGUGGAGAGGCCUAUAUUAAUGGAUAUGACAUCUCAAAGCAGAUGGUCCAGAUCAGGAAAAGUUUGGGCUUGUGCCCCCAGCAAGACUUGUUGUUUAAUUACUUGACAGUAUCAGAACACCUUUAUUUCUAUGGUGUGGUGAAAGGAAUCCCUCGAAAGAUGUGUUUUCUGGAAAUUGACCGAAUGCUGUCUACUUUUAACCUGCUGGAAAAGCAAAACGCGUUUUCAGAGUCACUGAGUGGAGGAAUGAAGCGCAAACUCUCCAUCAGUAUAGCACUUUUAGGGGACUCCAAGGUGGUGAUACUUGAUGAGCCAACGUCUGGCAUGGACCCAGCCUCGAGGAGAGCCGCCUGGGACGUGCUUCACCAGUACAAACAGGAUCGGACCAUCCUACUGACCACCCACCACAUGGACGAGGCUGACAUUCUGGGUGACCGCAUAGCCAUCAUGGUGAAUGGAUCCCUGCGAUGCUGUGGCUCUUCACUUUUCCUCAAAAAAAUAUAUGGUGUGGGAUACCACAUAAUCAUGGUGAAGGAACCUCACUGUAAUGUUGAAGAAAUCUCCAAACUGAUUUAUUAUCAUAUACCAUCAGCCACUUUGGAGAAGAAUAUUAAAAAUGAAUUAUCUUUUAUUCUACCCAGAGAGUACACACACAGCUUUGAAGCUCUGUUUACUGAUCUGGAGAAAAGGCAGGCAGAGCUGGGCAUAGCCAGCUUCGGUGCCUCUGUCACCACCAUGGAAGAGGUCUUCUUUAGGGUCAGUAAUAUGGAAGAUUUACAAACAGAUAUCCUAGCUCCCCAACCUCAGUCUCCCUCUCUGAUGACCGAAGACUCAAUCAAGAACCAGAAUAGGAACAUGUCCAGAAAUGAGAGGCCAGAUUCUUCCCCCGUGAACGAAAGCCCUCCUGUUAUGUUUAAUACUGGGUACCUGCUCUGCCAGCAGCAGUUCCUGGCCAUGCUCAUGAAGCGGGCGAUGUUCAGCUGGCGCAACUGGCAGCUGGUCUUGCUGCAGACGCUGGCGCUGCUCGGCUCCUUCGCCUUUCUCACGGAGACAGAGGUUUCAUGGAACAGUGACGACGAGGCCAGGCAAAUGGACCUGGGUCAAUACGGUCCAACCGUCGUACCUUUUUCCGUUUCUGGGAAUUCUAAUUUGACUCCGAUUUUCUUAAAGCAUCUCAAGAGUAUGCUAGAGUCCGACAGACACACACUUAAGGAAGUGCAAGGUAACUUACUGCAAUACUUGAUAGAAAAUGAAGAUUGUAUUCGCUUAUGCAUUGUCGCAUUUUCCAUUGAGGCGACGACAAAUGAAAUAACAUUUACCUGUCUGUUCAACAAUCAAGCAUACCAUUCGCCAUCCCUGGCCUUGGCAAUAUUAGACAAUAUUCUUUUCAUGACAGUUUCUGGCCCUGAUGCUUCCUUGACAGUGUCCAACAAACCUCAGCCACGCGUUACUCCCAAAGAAUACAGUGAAAUGUAUGUCGUGGCCAUAAAUAUACAUUUUGGCAUGGCUCUUUUCAUCAGUGGCUUUUGUCUCCUGACAGUGACUGAGAGAGUCUCUAAGGCCAAGCACAUCCAGUUUCUGAGUGGGGUCUAUGUCCUCGCAUACUGGCUCUCCGCUCUGCUGUGGGAUCUCAUCAUCUUCUCUGCCUCCUGCUGCUUACUGCUGGGAGUGUUCAAAUACUGCCAACUGGAUUUAUUUCUCACAGAGUACCACUUUCUGGACACGAUGCUGAUCUUCACGCUGUACGGCUGGUCCGCCAUUCCCCUCAUGUACCUGCUCAGCUUCCUGUUCACUAAAAGUACUUCCGCCUACAUCAAACUUGUGCUGUUCAACUACCUCUCUGGCAUUUUCAGUCUCCUCAUAGAUAGCAUAUUCGAAUUUGAAAUGUCACAUAGCGUGUCAAAUGCCACCAGAACCUUCAUACUUAAAGUAUUGCUGGUCUUUCCCAAUUACAACCUGGCGAAGUGCAUCACCUACUAUACUACUUACUACCAGAUGAAGAAACAGUGCUCCAUUAUAAAAGAUACUGCCUUCUUAAGUUGUGAUAAACAGAAUACCACAAAGAGUGUUUAUUCUUUGGAGGAGAAAAUGAUUGGAAAGUAUAUGAUUAUGAUGAGUAUCAUAGGUUUUACUUGCCUUCUCCUGGCUUUCUUUUGGGAGUCAAUUUUGUGGAAACUAAGGACGUUUUUCAAUCGAUACGUUUACUUUGGUAUCUAUAAGACAUUCAAGAAGAAAGACCUGUCCAAGGAAUUAUCUGGAGAAUCUGAAGAUGAAGAUGUAGAGAACGAACGAAAGAGAAUCCUGGAGCAGCCUCGGGCGUCGCUCAGCUCCACGGUGCUUAUCAAGGAGCUCACGAAGAUCUAUUUCAGGUGUCCAGUCAUUCUGGCCGUGAGAAAUAUCUCCACCGCAAUCCAAUGCGGGGACUGUUUUGGACUGCUUGGGUUCAACGGGGCCGGAAAGACCACCACCUUCCAAAUGCUGACGGGGGAGGAGACCGCUACCUCCGGGGAGGUGUUCCUCGAUGGCUUUAACAUCACCAAAGAUCUUCAGAAGGUGAAGUCAAGAAUUGGCUAUUGUCCUCAAACUGAUGCCUUGCUGGAAUACAUGACUGGUCGCGAAAUAAUGAUCAUGUAUGCCAGAUUAUGGGGAAUCUCUGAGUCCCAGAUUCAGCUGUAUGUGAACAAUUGGUUGAAUUCACUGCAACUGGAACCCCAUGCUGACAAGAUUAUCAGAACCUACAGUGGAGGAUGCAAACGUAGGUUGAGUACUGCUAUUGCCCUAAUGGGAAAACCCACAGUCAUUUUGCUGGAUGAGCCAUCAACUGGCAUGGACCCAGUAGCCCGCCACCUGCUCUGGGGUGCUGUGACACGGGCACGUGAAAGUGGCAAAGCCAUUAUUAUAACCUCCCACAGAAUAGAGGAAUGUGAUGCCUUCUGUACCAGGCUGGCCAUCAUGGUAAAGGGAAAGUUCAUGUGCUUGGGCAGCCCUCAGCACCUCAAGAACAAGUUUGGCAAUAUUUACACCCUAAAGAUCAAGGUCAAGAUUGAUACACAAGAGCAUAAAUUAGAUGAUUUAAAAUUUUUCAUCACAAUUACAUUCCCAGGUAGCGAAUUAAAACAGGAGAACCAAGGGAACCUUAACUAUUACAUUCCCAGCAAGGACAAUAGCUGGGCAAAGGUGUUCGGAAUUUUGGAGGAUGCUAAAGACCGAUUCGAUUUGGAAGAUUAUUCCAUCAGUCAGAUAACGCUGGAACAGGUCUUCCUGACCUUUGCUAACCCAGAGAACAAAGAAAUGAAUGUUUAA